CCACCGAAUCAGGAGCUUUCGCAGUAUCAGCAGCAAUAGCAAGUCUUAAAAAAAAGGUUCAAAUCAAUUCAGUAUUCUUUGGAAAUAUUUUACAAACCGAUAAUACAGCUCUAUAUCUAGCUCAUCACGUAAGUUUAAGGGCUGGUUUACCAAUCGAAAUACUAGCUUUAACUAUAAAUCAACUAUGUAGAUCUGGUUUUCAAGCUGUAAUUAAUACAGUUCAAGAAAUCGGAUCAGCCGAUCCAAGAUGGGGAAUCAGAUUUGGUCUAGAUUUAAAACUUGAAGAUUCUUUAGCAGUUUGUUUAGUAGAUCAAUAUCCUACUAGAACUCCAAUGGGUGUCACUGCAGAAAAUUUGCCUAAAAAAAUAACAUUACUC